AUGGGCAGUCUCAGGACCAACAUCUCUGGAUCUCCCAGCUUCAUCCUAACGGGAUUCCCAGGACUGGAAGCAAUGGAACCAUGGUUGGCCAUCCCACUUCUCCUACUCUAUGUCAUCUCCAUUGUGGGCAAUGCUUUGAUUCUAGUCAUUGUCAAGGAAGAACAGAGUCUGCACCAACCUAUGUACUAUUUUCUGUCUUUGCUAUCAGUUAAUGACCUGGGAGUUUCACUGUCCACGCUGCCCACUGUCCUUGCUACUCUCUGCUUCCAUGCUCGUGAGAUUUCAUUUGCAGCUUGCCUGGCUCAGAUGUUCUUUAUCCACCUCUUUUCCUGGACAGAAUCUGGAAUACUGUUGGCCAUGAGUCUAGACCGUUACGUGGCCAUCUGCAACCCGCUCCGCUAUUCCACAGUCCUCACCAAUACCCGCAUUUUGGCCAUGGGGUUGGCCACACUGCUUCGCAGCUUCCUGCUCAUCCUGGUCUUCCCCCUACUCCUUCAGCGACUACCUUUCUGUCAUACACGAAAUGUCCUCUCUCAUGCCUACUGUCUACAUGUGGACAUGAUCAAGCUGGCGUGUGCUGACGUCACCCUCAAUAGCCACUACGGUCUAUCCAUUGUGCUCCUCACCUUCGGCCUAGACUCUGCACUCAUCUUCCUCUCCUACGUUGUGAUCCUCCGCUCUGUCCUGGCUAUCGCUUCCCGUGAAGAGAGACUCAAGACCCUCAACACCUGUGUGUCGCAUAUCUGUGCUGUGCUCAUUUUCUAUGUGCCCAUGGUGAGUGUGUCCAUUGUGCACCGCUUUGGCGGCAGUCUUCCCCACUCAGUUCAUAUCCUCAUGUCUGUCCUUUAUCUCUUUGUGCCACCAAUGCUCAACCCCAUUAUUUAUUCUAUCAAGACAAAGGAAAUACGCCGCAGACUCCUAAAGAUGCUCUUCAGGAUCAAGGUCUGA